AGAGAGGCACGCGGAGUUGCCGGUGUCUUGACAGUCAGUGUGUGGCAGCGGAGAACAGUAGUGGCAGACUGCUGGAGCAAGCAAGAUCUAUCAGAGAGAGGGGGGGGGGACAUCCACAAAUCUGCCGCUGAGGUGAGGCAUCACAGAGACGGCAAUUAGCAGACAGCUGCGUGCAUGGUCUGAUGAGCACCUUGUCCGCCAGCUCGGAGAUGCAGACUUCCACUCUCGACCCCCAGUUCAUAGCGGGGCCUCAAGGUAAGGUGCCUGGCAGGAAGAGAGGACGCCCUCCUGUCCGUAAGCUGGAGUUCCAGAGUCACUAUGUUGAAACUCUGUCGCCCCUUAAGGUCCCGAAGAAAAGAGGCAGGAAACCUGGCUUUAAGUUGAAGCCCAGAAUGGUGAUGUCCCCUCUAGCCAACUCUCCUCCCAGCAGCACACCAGAGCCAGAGAUGGGCUCCAUCCCACAGGACGCUGCUAUCGUCCCCCAUUCGGCCACCCCACAGGUCCUGACAGCAGAGACGCCAUUGGCUGAUGAUUUUAUAUGUGACCCACCGGUGGACUCGAGGCGCUAUGCUAUAGAUCCCAGUGACUCUGCAUUCAGCGUCACAUCACAGUAUCAGACUAAGCAGUCCUACAGUUACCGUGGCAGCAGUUGCUCUACUACAGCAGGCAUGUGCAGACAAGCGUCAAGCCCAGGAAGUCAUCAGGAAGGAAACAGAAAUGCCUACAGCCCGAUGUCAGACCCUGGAGAGUGCAAGCGUCCUGUUGGUAAGGACCCUUCCAGCUGGGGUGUAGAGGAUGUGGUUUGGUUCAUUAAAGAUGCUGAUCCCCAAGCUCUGGGACCCCAUGCUGAAGCAUUCAGGAAGCACGAAAUAGAUGGAGAUGCCCUACUGCUACUGAAAAGUGAGAUGAUGAUGAAGUAUCUGGGAUUGAAGCUGGGACCAGCGCUCAAACUGUGUUACCACAUCGACAGGCUCAAACAGAGUCGGCUGUGAAGUGACGCGGAGGAGCCGAUCACCUCAUUAACUUUUAAGAGCAAUGAAUCAGCGCUGAUUCUCUAAACCUUUCUAAAUCAUCAGCAAUACAUCGUGAACAUUUGAUCCAAAUCUAUGCUGGCUUUUACUACAUUUACACCGCACUUGUGUCCAUACAAGUUAGGGCUUUUAACAGCUGACACAGUUAUUUCACUUUUGUCUUUGUUUACUUUAUACCUGAACUGCUUUAGAAUGUAAAUAAUUUGGUGCCAAACAGAUGGCAGCUACGGUAUAUUGAAAUACUACUUGUAAUAAGAGUUUCUGAGCUUCGCCAGCGUUAAUUUUGCGCAGAUCACAAUCGCUGGACGCUGUAUUAUAUCUUAACAAACUUCUAGGGUGCUUUACCUCAAUAUCACAUUUAAACUUUACAAAGUCUUGCUGCUGGACUUUUAAGGUAGUCCCUUUUAUUCUCACUUGGUCAGUUUACCCAGGUUGAAGUUGUUGACAUGAACUGUAACUAAUAACUGAACUCAAACUCUUCACUAAGCUGAUUUGGAAGUGCGUUCCAAGAUCAUCUAAAACAAUACAGCACUGUUACUGAGCCAUUUGGGGGCGCAUCUCUCAAGCCUCUCUGAACUUUAAAUACGUAUGAGUUGGCCAAGCAAAAUGGCUUAUAUGCUAGACUGUCACUGACUUGACAUGCAAUGUGAAAUAUGUGAUAAAGCUCAUAUUUGAGAAAAGUAAAAAAGAAAGAAAGAAGCGAUUUGUUAACACGGAACAUUUUGGCCACAAACCACACCACAGCUCGAGCGGAUUUUUCACCAAUCGUAGAUGCCUGCAGUCGCACAGCGCUCAUAAUGACAGGAAGGAAAGAAGGCUUUGAAGAAGUGUUUUUUUUUCCCCCCACUUGGGGUUGCAAAGUAGCAUGAGACAGAGCAAAUUUGAUCAAACUCACAUGACUAGGUGCUCAUCGGAACAGUUACUACCACUGCAGUCACUACACUUUACAAUAUUUCUACUCACAAACUUCACCUCUGUGACUUCCUUCAGGUUACUUUCUUCUCAUACGAUACCUCUUCAGUCACUUUGAAUACAAAUGCGUUUGAGUCAUAAUGAAGCAGUAUUUCAUCCUUGAACUGUAAAAACUGAAACUGCUCUAUGGAAAAUGUCUUUGAGCAUUAACAUUUUUUUUUUAAACAUCAGGAUCAGGGCUGUGCAGCCACCAAAUACAGUUUUGUUAUAUAACGUUGUACAAAAAGCAGUCAUACACACGUCUGUCAAACUUGGUUAAACAGUUUUUUUUUUUUUUUUUUUUUAUGUGUACAGUAUUUACUUUCAUCUUUUUCUUUAAUGCUUUAAAUUUGUUUGUACACCGCAGACUGAUUCGGAUGUGUGUAUUUUAUGAGUUUUACUUACCAGUUUCACUUUAUUAAAGUUGAUUUUAAAGGUGUGCAAAAAAAUGAACACAAAUGUGUAGCACAUGAGCGUUUUUAACAAACGGAAGAAUCUCUGGAUGUUGUCCAUUUUUGAGUUAGUGGCCUAUGUUAAAUAAAUUUUGAUGUUCUUUACUGUUUGAUACUUACUUCACACACACAAAAAAAAUAAACUUGGUUUAAUUUUAA